AAAGGGGGCGCAAUACGAGCGAAAGCCCUGUAAGCGCCGCUGAACACUGAACUCCAGUCGCAGGGGAUGAUCGUGUGAGUUCUCAGGAGUCAGACCCUGUCAGACCCUAAUUACCUCCACAACAGGUCCGAGAACAACCAUCCUCUCUACUGCAUGUCGGCCCAUAACUUCUGUCAAGAUCUCGUUUGCUCUUGUGACUUUAAAGAACUGAAGGAAACUUCAGCACCUGCUCCUCUCUUCCAGAGGACCCCGGAGAGUAGUUCACAAUGAAUUCAACAGUUUUCAACGACACGGACAGUGCUUUGUUUUCCAACAGAAGCAUCGAGAGCUUUCUUUCGUGUUGUAAUCUGUCCUCAGUGGUGACGGACAGCGGGUUUGUGUCCGCGGCGCUGGACGAGCGCAGCGUGUUCAUCAUGCGCGCGGUGCAGAUCGCGGUCAUGUGCGUGCUCGCGCUCACCGUCGUCUUCGGCAUCUUCUUUUUAGGCUGUAACUUGCUUAUUAAGUCCGAGGGAAUGAUCAACUUUCUGGUCACGGACAGAAGACCGUCAAAGGAUGUCGAAGCUGUCAUCGUUGGAUCGUACUAGUGCGUAAAAGUUUCAUGGUUUGAUGGGACGCAAGAAACGAAGAGAGGUUCUGCCCUGAAGGUAGAAGAAACGGGCACAUUGAAGUCAUGAUUCACUGUUUCCACUGGGAAAAGUGCAGUUUAUGAGGAAAGUAAAGGUGAAAGUGUGCCGUGAGACCCUGAUGGAAAUGAAUAUAAAAUAUAAAAGUGGAGAAUAUCUCUCUAACAUGGACCCACUUUAAUGUUCAUAAUGCUUGUAGAACAAACUGCUGAUUUAUGUGGGUAACCAAUGCAUGCAUUUUGAGUAAUGCAUUUAAAGUUGGAUAAUUUUGUACUGUUUGUGUAACAAAAGCACUUCUUAAAGCUGGAUAUUGAUGUGUAUUUUGUGCUACAUUCAAUUACAGAUGUAUUUCUUCUAACUACAGUAUGUUUUACUGUUAAAUUACAUUAGGAAAGUUUUAUAUAUUGUCCAGCAAAGCUGUGGUUUGCACUUAUUUUAAUUAUAAUUUGCAUGUUUAUGAGGGAAUUAUGGGUGAAUUCUGUAUUAUGUUGAAUUAAAAAAGAACCUUUAUUACAGUGACAUAAAUUUGAAACUGAUAAAUGUGUAAUGGAUGUGUCACUGUGAACUCAAAAGUGUUUUUACUAUUCAUAAUUAUAUAAAACACAAGGACAAAAUAACUGAA